AUGAUCGACGAAGAUAAUAAAACUCUUUGGUGUGGGAAUUUACCAGAGCAAGCCACCGAGGAGUUAAUAUACGAGUUGUUUCUACAGGCAGGUCCGCUUGAAAAGGUAAGAAUACCAAAGGACAGGGAUGGGAGGCAGAAGAACUUUGCUUUCAUCACAUACUGCCAUGAGAUUUCAGUCCCAUAUGCUAUAAAUUUGUUUCGUGGAACGUCUCUGUUUCAUAGGACACUCUCGCUUCAAUGUCGAGGACGAAUGCCAGUGCUACCACCACCGAUAAGGUGUUAUGGACCUGAGCCUGUUAUGGAAUUCCCUCUACAACCAAACAUUUCUCAACAGUUUAUAGAUAUGACUGAAAAUUUGAAAGAGGAUGACCUAAGAAUGGUGCACACGGUACGUCAAGGUGGAGAUAAGCCGGAUAGACUAGUUAUAGCUAGCUUGCAGGGUAAUUGGCAGCAUAGGCAUCAUCCGUACAGACCUAAAGAAAAAUCACACAGAGAUGACUACAGACAAAGAGAGCCUAGAGAAUCACACAAUGACAACUAUAAGGGAAAUAAUAGGAAUAAACAUUCUAAUUCAAAUAACUGGAGAGAAAGAAGAAACAAUAAAAAGAAUAACUACCACAGAUAG